AACAGAGAGAUGAAGGAGCUCAGUAUUGGAGCUUUUCCCUCUGAUUUCUGUAAAUGUUGAAGUCUUGUGGCUCUUGAUGAGCUGCAUCAGGUGGCAGAAAAACACAUAAUCACUAAUCUUUUAACAAAAAACAUCCCAGAAGAUAUUUUUGGAAAAGUUUGUACACCCAGACAUGUGUUAGUCUGAAUUUUACAUCAAACAUUUGAAUCAUUAUCAUGAUUUUGUGUAGAAGAAUAUAGAAGUGAAUUUCGCUGUUUCUAGCUUUUCCUCAAACAGCAAACCAGCGAGUGGAGGCACAGGAGCUCUGAGGAGAGCAUCUGCUUCAUUCUGCUCAUUUUCUCACCAAUCAUCUGUUCUUAAGAUCAUUAAAAAGUUCAGAGCUUUUGCCCAGGAGUUUAUUAUUAUUAUUAUCAUUAUUAUUAUUAUUAUUAUUAUUAUUAUUAUUAUUAUUAUCAUGACCUAAGUGCUUAACCUCGACAGUGUAACAGCUGCUGUCCUGCUGCUGCAGAAAUACUUGUAAGAAUAUCAGCAAUCAGCUGUGAAGUACUGAUUGGGAUUGUUUUAAUUAUUUACUCUAAUCAUCUUGCAGUGUCUUUCCUGAUGAACUGUGCAGAUCAAUAGAUAAUUAGGCAGAUAAAUGUAUCGUAAACCUAGUAAAAAAACAAACAAACAAAUGAGAAUGUAAAUAAACAACAAACAGAAAGAAGUAUUAAAUGAAUCAACUGUCACUUAAAUAUAAUAACAGUCUACAAUUCAUUCACCUCUGAAAUGUUUUUUUUUUUUAAUAUCUAUCUAAUAAUUCAUUUAAAGUGAAUAUAAAAGUUUAUGUGGGAUAAAUAUGAUAAUAAAGUCAUUUCAUUGUAGCUUCAUGCAGCUUGUAAUCACUGUGUGUAUGACUGUUAUGAAAAGAAAGUAACUCAAAAGCUUAGGAAUGUAUUUUUGUGCACAUUAUAUUAUAUUAUAUUAAUUAUUUAUAUACAUUAAACUAGAAUUCUAUUAAAGCAGAAGUAGUUUAUUUAUCCCAAAGCGUAAAGGCUACUGCACUGACCACAUGAAAAAGCCAGACACACCCUGAGCCGCUCAGUGAGUUUUAUUUACUCUCAUAACAAUAAUUCAUUUAUUUUAUAAUAUUGUUUUUUUUUUUUUUUUUGGAAUAAAGCUUGCCUCUGUGACGUCACGGAUGAGCUCCGACCCUAUAGAGUGAAAAAGAUCGCGGAACUUUCAGAAAUCCACUGAACUUCGGGGUUACUGAAGCUGCUCUGAUCAGGAGAGAAGAUCGAUGGAGGAGUUGAUGAGUUUAAUUGGUGCCGGUGUGGCGGAUCUGCCACUGCGCCCCCUGCUGUUCACCGCCGGAGCUGCAGCCACAGCAGCCGGAGUUUACUGCUGUAUUAACCGAGGAGAUGGAGAGAAAAGCCCGGGCCCUGAGGACACACCUGCACACACAGACCCAGUGUGUGACCAGGCCACGGAACCGGCUCUGGUCCAACCCACAGAGGUUCCUCAGGACCGAGUCACGGAUUCUGUGACUGAGGCGGAGGAGAAGAUGCAGAAGCUGGAGGACAGAGUGGUGGAGCUGGAGGAGCUGCUCACCGAGGCACACAGAGCUUGUGAAAUGAAAAGCAAGGAGUGUGAGAGAGAGCGAGAGGCUCACAGCAACCUCCAGGCCAAGCAUCAUGAGAUGGAGAAGAUUGUGAUGCACAGCGAGGAGCUACUGAAGGUCUCCCUGGCUGAAGCUGAGGAGAAACACCAGAAGGCUGUGGAGUCCAUUGCUCAGCUGGAGGCAGAGAAGACCAGCCUGACUGACCAGGUGAAGACACUGACUGACCAGGUGAAGACACUGACUGACCAGGUGAAGUCACUGACUGACCAGGUGAAGUCACUGCGAGACACAGUGCAGGACAUGGGGAACCUGCUCUGUGAGACUCACAGGGAGUGUGAUGAGCUAACGGAGGAGUGUGAGAGAGAGCGAGAGGCUCACAGCAACCUCCAAUCUGAGCACGAUGAGUUGAAGAUGACUGUGAUGCACAACGAGGAGUUUCUGAAGGUCUCUCUGGCUGAAGCUGAGGAGAAACACCAGAAGGCUGUGGAGUCCAUUGCUCAGCUGGAGGCAGAGAAGACCAACCUGAUUGACCAGGUGAAGACACUGCGAGACAGAGUGCAGGACAUGGGGAACCUGCUCUGUGAGACUCACAGGGAGUGUGAUGAGCUAACAGAGGAGUGUAGGAGAGAGCGAGAGGCUCACAGCAACCUCCAGUCCGAGUACGAUGAGUUGAAGAAGACUUUGAUGCGCAGUGAGGAGGUACUGAAGGUCUCCCUGGCUGAAGCUGAGGAGAAACACCAGAAGGCUGUGGAGUCCAUUGCUCAGCUGGAGGCAGAGAAGACCAGCCUGAUUGACCAGGUGAAGUCACUGCGAGACAGAGUGCAGGACAUGGGGAACCUGCUCUGUGAGACUCACAGGGAGUGUGAUGAGCUAACAGAGGAGUGUGAGAGAGAGCGAGAGGCUCACAGCAACCUGAAGCUGAAGCACAAUGAGAUGAACGAGACUCUGAUGCAGAACGAGGAGUUACUGAAGGAACAUGGCAUAUCUCUUGGAUCUGCUGAGACAGGAAGCAGUGCGAGCAGAAUUGGAUCAACAUGUGGGGCGUAUGAGGGGUGAAAAGAAGAAGAGAGUAACACCAAUUUAAUGUGAAGUAAAUAAAAGUCAAGCUGGUCUUAAUUAAAAAAAAAUCAAUUGAUUUUACUCCUUCAAAAAUGAUUUAAUUAAAAUAGCACACGUUUAAUCAUCUAACACCACAACUGCCCCUUUCCGUUUUCUCCAAAAGGGAGCAGUGCCCCAGAAGAGCAAAUUAAUCUGGUUCCUGUCACUCGGAACCAGCACCGACCCAGUGCACAAACUCUGCAAGAAGGGUUUUAACUCUUUUAUUCCAAUUUGAAUUUAUUGAAUUUAUAAUGUUCUCUCACUUUUUUUCAGCUUGAUUUUUACUUCACAUGCAUUUUUCAUCCUUCAUACAUAAUAAACUCCAAGGGAAAAUAUUAACAAAAAACAAACACAAACUCUUAAACACUCUGAUCACCCAAGUGGACUUUGUGCAGCUCAUUCCUUUUACACUAUGCUUGUGUUUCAGGUUUUUGUUGUCUUAAGUACCUUGUGUUACUGUCCACUGCAUUUUACUUAUAUGACUGAAACACUUGUAAGUACACGCGCUUCACUAACAGAGAUAUUGCAGUUUGUUUAUGUACGUUUGUUGCAUAAUGGUGGCAUCAGUGAAUGCACUAACACUAACCAUGCUGAUGAAGUAAGAUGGUGAAUGUUUGUUGAUGAUGAUGAGUUUAUGACAGAGUUUCUAGACUGAUAGGACUCUUGAUCUGUGACCUAGUGACCUAGUCAAUCAGUAUCAGGAUGUAUUUAUCGAUAGAGACUCAGAGCACUUCUCUAAGUCGCUCUGGAUGCCAAAUGCCAGAAAUGUAGAUGAUGAUGAUGGUGAUGGGGAGGCAAAUAUUCCAAAGUUUAGAAUAGGGGUUAGAGGUUUACUGGAAUUAAAGUGAAUACCAAUACGACACAGUGCCACAAUAUGGAUUUUACAGUUCUGUAGAUAUCGUGAUCAUCCCAAAAUGAAUCAUGAGAUGUUUCUGAUUUCUGAUGAAUCAGAAACAACUCUGAAAAGAGUCAAAUAUGAACGGCGGAACUCUGCCCAUGAUAAAGUGCUCAUGAAGAUGAAUGAAUGAAUUACUCACUUUCCUAAAGUUCUCCAUGUUAACUUCAUGUAAACGCUCAUUACUCCCACCAGCCGAGAAAAAUAAAUCCCCAAGAAUUUCCGGGCAUCGAGACUGAAGUGUUUGGGAGAAACACCAUCUUAAAAGUGCAAACAAAUAAAUAAAAAUUGUAAAAUUAUGAUGGAAGAGAAUUUUAAUAUAAAAUAUAAGUUGAAAAUAUAGAUCUCAUUACUAUAAGGUUAUAUAUUUUAGUAAAAUAUUUUUUUUUGUAAAAUUCUUAUUUGUUAGCAUAUUGGUGAAGUUGAAGUUGAAAAGACAAAGUGUUAAAUGAAAAAUAAAUGACCAGCAGUUGAUGCCAGUUGAUGCCAGUGAUCAUCUGCAUCUAACAUCAUGUCCAUGCUGAAAACAGAAUCACAUACUUGCACUUCACAACUGAUUUUGAUUUUAUUUAUCCAUUUUAUUUUUUAAAAUUUUUUCAUUUUGUUAGGUAUGUAGCUUUAUGUCAUGAAAAAGAAAAGACAAACUAUGGAUUGCAUUUUCGUUAUAAUUUUGGCACUCGUUCUGCAGUUCGUCAAGAAAAUGAAAAGCCAAAGUGGACUUUGGAUUUUUUUUUUCCCAUUAGCAUUUUAAUUUUAUUCAUGGCCAUGAAAUACCGAUAUGAUGAAGAAAAUGAAACGACAAAUUAAAAUACAAAUGAAAUUAUUUCAUUUCAUUUUUUAUUUUGGCACCAUCUUUUUGCACACAUAUGGAAAAAGAAAUGGCAAAUGGAGGUUUGCAAUUUAAUUUUGUUUUUUAAUUUUAAUUCUGGAAGAAAAAUACCACCACUACUACUACUACUACUAAUAAUAAUAAUAAUAAAAAUGGCAGAUAAGACAACCUAGAAAACUAAACUAAAAUUAUAAAAAAGCAUAAAAAUAUACUUGUAUCAAUUAUUAAUUAAAAUAGAAUAUAAUAAACGACUUCCGGGGUGAGUGUGUGUGCUGUCCGUUUAGCUGCAGCGUUUUCAUUUUUUUAUUUUGGUGGAUUGUUUGCUGAGUUCAAACUUUUAAACACUACACACACACACACACACACACACACACACACACACACACUCACUAGUUUCGAAACCCAAACAUGAUGUGUAAAGAGGUUUAUAUAAUUAUGACGUGUGAACUAGUGAGUGUGUGUGUUCGUGUAGCAGAACAUCUCAGCUGUGGUCUCAACACGUCUUCAAGGACUUCUGAUGAUCCUCCGCUGGAGAACACGUGUAGGACCUCAGCAUGCAUCCUGAGCACUGUGUAUAUAACGUAAACUGGAAAAUCUCUCUCAUCUGUUUAGUUAGUUCAUUUUUUAUUAUAGAGAUUGUAUAAAAGUGUGUUCAUGAGUUUAGAGUGUGUAUUUUAUAAUGUGCUGCUGUGAGAUGUCUUGGUCUCGUCCUGCAUCUCUCUCUCUCUCUCUCUCUCUCUCUCUCUCUCUCUCUCUCUCUCUGAGGUGAAUGUUCUCUCUGUGUACUUCUUGAGCUGUAGAGUCCGGGUGUAAACAGUCCAGGUGUAAAUGUGUAAAUGUAAAAGUGCUGCUAUGUGAUCAGUCUUCAUGUCACCUUUAUCACGUUCCACUGCUGUACGUCACACGUGUGUCCUGCAGAGGGGGCUGCACUGACAUCAGUGUUCUUCAUUACAGGAUUCAGUGCUCCUGAACACACACUUGAAAAAAUACUCAUGAUGUAUUAGGUAUCAGGUGUGUGAUGUUCUGAUGGAGAACCUACAGGGCUCUAGAGCAUUUCCUCACUGACCUUGUAGAACAAAAUAAAUCUGGAAUAUCGUCUGUUGUGUUUUUAUUCACUUACA